GCGGAAACCAGCCUCUAGCUCCGGUGCUAAAACACUAAGCGGAAGGCGGCAGAAGUUCUCACCAAAAGGACCAGCUUUUCUUCGUAGAUCUCCCUGAUAAGAAGAUCUUUGAGAAUGGUGAAGAUUUUCGUGGGGAAUCUGCCCCGGGAGGCCGAGGUGGAGGAGAUCAAGGCUCUCUUCACCGAGCAUGGCACCGUCACCGAGUGCUCCAUCAUCAAGAACUUUGCCUUCGUCCACAUGGAUGACCGCAAAGCCGCCACCAAAGCCAUCAAGACCCUGCACCUCCACAAGCUUCACGGCACGGCGAUCAACGUGGAGGCCAGUCACGGGAAGAACCAGGGUCCCGUCAAACUCCAUGUGGCAAACGUGGAGAAAGGAUGCGACGAAGAGCUGCGCGCUCUCUUUGAAGAGUACGGCAGUGUCACAGAAUGCGCGGUUGUGAAGAAUUUUGCUUUCAUACACAUGCCCAACCAUGACGAAGCCAUGGAUGCCAUCACGGGACUCGAUAACAGUGAAUUUCAAGACAAACGCAUCCAUGUCCAGGUUUCCAAGAGUCGUCCCAGAUAUGAUGAAUGCGAGGAAUACCCGCCUCCUCCCCCAGACGGUGGGGGCUACUGGCCUCCGCACUAUCCAGGAGAGGGCCAUGAGCCUCCUCCACCCAGCUACAUGAGGGGCCGCAUGAUGCCCCCAGGUUACCCCGCUCCUCCCCUGCCUCCCCCUCCUCCCAGACGAGCUGUUUAUCCCGACCGUGCCUACGACACUGACAGGGAGAGAUACAGCGUCGUAGAUUACUAUGAGAAGUACCGAGCCCGUCCGUAUGGCAUCCCACCGUACCAGGAUCAACGUCCUGGCGCUCCGCCUCCUCCCCCUCCCCCUCCACCACCCUCAGGCGUCGUCCGAGGUCGUCUUAUGAGCUCACCGCUUGACCCGUAUGAGCGUCGGCCCCUGCCGCCACCGCCUCCAUCCUCGUACUACGCACGUGAUCGCAGCCCCAUCAGGAGGGCGCCUCCCGCACCAUUACCGCCGGCCAAUAAUGGCUACUCCUACGAGCGUUCUCGACUCUCUCCAGUUUCCCGGGUCCCUGCAUAUGGAGUUCCAGGUGCAAGGGACCCCUACGCACAGCGACUGCCUCCGCCACCGCCUACACGCUACGCUUAUUAGAAAGACCUCGGUAUAUGAAGGAUCGUUGUCCGACUGCGUCGCCGCAUGCCGGCUCCUGAUGCUCGUGAAUCUGUCCUCUUCCUGUCUGCGGCUGAGCGCGUUAACGUUUCCCUGCGACGCUCACAGGAGGAACCUAAUUGAUGACGUCGAUGUCUCUUUGUGUUCAUUACUUGGAACAGUUUUUACUCGCAUUUUUUUCUCCUUGUUGUUUUAGUAACUGAAGUACUUUUACUGGUUGACGUCUGAGUUAGGCGUUUCUUCUUUUUUUUUUUACUAUUUCGUUUGAAUAAUUCUGAUCUGUGUGAUCUGUAGAAAGGUGUCUCAGCAGCAGUUUCCAGGCGAACCUUAUUUUCAUUCAGUUGAGCAAAAUUGUUUGAACAGUAAUCUGCACGUUGGCUCCAUUAUGUCUAAGUUUUAUAUCAAAAUACAAACGUCAAAGUCGUCAAAAUUGGAGCUACUAU